UUGUGAUAUUACUUUUUUUUUUUUUUUUUUUUGGAGCUGCUAUAGCUGCUAGCUGUAUUGCUAGAAGUCUCCUAUAUGCUAUGCUAGCUGCAGAAGACUCAUCAGCCGUGCUCGGGACCUCCUCCGGGGCGACGUGCUGCCCCCACGCGGCCGCAAUUGGAGCUCAUGAAACAGCUGGUGUUGCUGGUGCUGGUUUUGAUGCUGGUCAAAUUCUGGUGGCGAAGAAGAUACAGGCGACCGAGUUUUGGCGGAAACCGUGGCCGAACAAAACUUUGGCUCUUUUGAAGAUACGUUCUGAUAUGGAUCAGUGUUUCGUGACUCCAGUCUAAAGGUCCAUUAUGGGAGAAGUUUCAAGGAAACUAGCAGAGCUUGGGUAUCAUCGAAGCGCCAAGAAAUGCAAAGAAAAAUUUGAGAACGUCUACAAGUAUCACAAGAGAACCAAAGAUGGCCGAACGGGUAAACCAGAGGGCAAACAUUACAAAUUCUUCGAUCAAUUAGAAGCUCUUGAUCACCAUCAUCAGCAUCAUCACUUUCAGUCGUUUACUCCACCAUCCUCAUUACCAAAACCUCAAACAACAAUUCCAUUCCAAACUGUAAUUACUUCUCCUGCAACUAUAAUGCCUUGGAGUACUACUCCAACAAACCCUAUUGCUCAAAACACUACUCAACAUGUCACAACAACGCCUGCAACAACGAAUAACCCUGCAAUGAUUUCGGCAACGCCUCCAACGCAUGCUUUCAAUUCGUUUCUGAGUAGUUUUCCCAAUAUUUCAUCCAAUCUUUUCUCGAGUUCGACCUCGUCUUCGACAGCGUCGGACGAGGAAUAUUCGGAAGGGGUGCGGGGGAAUAAUAACAAGAGGAAGCGGAAGUGGAAGGAGUUCUUCAAGAGGUUAACGAAACAGGUGAUCAAGAAGCAGGAGGAGUUGCAAGAUAAGUUCUUGGAAACAAUUGAGAGACGUGAACACGAAAGAUUGGUUCGUGAAGAAGCUUGGAGAAUUCAAGAAAUGACACGAAUUAACAGGGAGCAUGAGAUUCUAAUCCAAGAACGAUCCACGGCCGCGGCUAAAGACGCUGCGGUCAUUGCAUUCUUGCAGAAGAUCUCAGGACAACAGCCCCAGAUAAAUUUGAUCCAAUCACGAGAAAAUAAUCUACCACAACCGCCUGCUGCGCCGCCACUAGAGCUAGCGGUUCGUCCACAACAACAACAAGCUCCGCAUCUGCCGCCGCCUACGACGACUAUGAUUAAUUUGGAUACUACUACAACUGCGAAACCUGUUAAUGGGAAUAGUGGUGGUGUUAUAUCAAUGUCCAGCUCAUCGAGAUGGCCAAAAGCUGAAGUUCAAGCUCUUAUUAAAUUCCGGACGGAUCUUGCUAAUAAGUAUCAAGAGAACGGACCGAAAGGGCCGUUGUGGGAGGAGAUCUCGGCAGCAAUGCGGAGCGUAGGGUACAAUCGGAGCGCGAAGAGAUGCAAAGAGAAGUGGGAGAACAUUAAUAAGUAUUUCAAGAAAGUGAAAGAGAGCAACAAGAAGAGGCCGGAGGAUUCAAAGACAUGUCCAUACUUCACCCAGCUGGACGCUUUGUACAAAGAGAAGAUGAUGAAACCGGUGAAUAAUCCGAUGGUGCCAUUGAUGGUUCAGCCGGAGCAACAAUGGCCGUUGAUGCCAGAAGACGAAGAUCAUCACAAUGCGGAUCAGAUGCAAGAAGAUGAGGAAGGGGAAGAUGUGGACACUGAAGACGACGAAUUCGAAGGUCGUGGUGGCGGCGGCGCUGGCGAUGGUGGUGGUGGUUACGAGAUAGUAGCAAACAAAGCUGCAGUUGCUGCUUCUUCAAUGGGAAGUGGUGAGUGAAGAGAGAAGUCAAAAACUUGAAUGUGAAAAUUGUCAAGAAUCGAUCAAAAUCUUUACAUUACGGU